AUCUAGGUGGUGCUAGCUGCUGCGAGAGAAAAGGUGCGGCCUUGCCUUUUCUGAACUGCAUCUUCACGAGACAUCCUUGAGCAACUUUACUCUUUCCCGUCCCGGCUUAUCUCUUGCUCCGGAGUCAACAGCACCAGCCAGGGCUCGGCUUCUCAAGGGUGCCUGCCUGCCAGUGCCAGAGAGUAGGAGGAGGAGGAAGAAGGAGCGUCUCCUUCGUCCUCGCCGCUGCGCCUGCGCGUGCGCCUUUUCUCCGCUCGUUCCCGUGCUGGCCGGCCGGCCAUUUGUGUCGUCCUUGCUCUGCUCCAGGAAGCUAGAUAGCAUCAGCUGGGGGGUCCGUGGCACGCGCGCGUUGUCUGGAUAGGGUAGGGUAGUACUAGCUGCUAGCGACUGCGUCGUCGUUGGGAUCGGAUCGCGUAGGCAUCUGGGGAUUCCGGGCUUGCCGGCCGGGGCGCCGUUGCAUGCAUGGCCGGUGACCGGUGAACAAAGACUCUUUUCUUGAUUCGAGGUGACCGGUGAAGGAAGAUAUAUACUUUGCUUUGGUUUGCAUCGAGUCGUGACUUGUAAGAUUCCCGAGCGCGGUCGCGGCGGCGGCGGCGGUGGUGGUGCGGCGAGCAAUGCUCGUGGCGGUGGCGCGGCCGUCGCCAGGCGUGUCGCUCCGUCGUGGUGGGAGUGUUGGUGCCCGCGCCGGCACGCGGUGCGCGCCGCCGUGCGGCUCUUGAUUAUACUGGCGCCCCGCAUGCUUUCGUGCUUCCGGCCGCCGCGCGCGGGCGGCGGCGGGGACGCGGCGGGUGGGCCGUCCCCGCGGCGGCCGUCGCUGCCGUUCGCGGCGGGGCUGUUCGCGGCGUCCCCCUCGACGUCGGGGCGCGGGAAGAGCCCCUGGCCGCCGGCGGAGGCGGACGACAUGGAGAAGAAGCGGUGGGACAGCAUGGAGUCGUGGUCGAUGCUGCUGGACACGGUGAUGGGCCCCGGCGGCGAGGGGUCCCGCGACGCCGGCGGGCGGCGCGAGGAGUGGAUGGCCGACCUCUCGCAGCUCUUCAUCGGCAACAAGUUCGCGUCCGGCGCCAACAGCCGCAUCUACCGCGGCAUCUACCGCCAGCGCGCCGUUGCCGUGAAGAUGGUGCGCAUCCCGGAGCGCGACGAGGCCCGCCGCGCCGUGCUCGAGGACCAGUUCAACUCCGAGGUCGCCUUCCUCUCCCGCCUCUACCACCCCAACAUUGUGCAGUUCAUCGCGGCGUGCAAGAAGCCGCCGGUGUACUGCAUCAUCACCGAGUACAUGUCGCAGGGGACGCUGCGGAUGUACCUGAACAAGAAGGACCCCUACUCGCUGUCGCCGGAGACGAUCCUGAAGCUGGCGCUGGACAUCUCGCGGGGCAUGGAGUACCUGCACGCGCAGGGGGUGAUCCACCGGGACCUCAAGUCCCAGAACCUGCUGCUCAACGACGAGAUGCGCGUCAAGGUCGCCGACUUCGGCACCUCCUGCCUGGAGACCAGGUGCCAGGCCACCAAGGGCAACAAGGGCACCUACCGCUGGAUGGCGCCGGAGAUGACCAAGGAGAAGCCCUACACGCGCAAGGUCGACGUCUACAGCUUCGGCAUCGUGCUCUGGGAGCUCACCACCUGCCUGCUCCCGUUCCAGGGCAUGACGCCCGUGCAGGCCGCCUACGCCGCAUCCGAGAAGAACCUGCGCCCGCCGCUGUCGACCUCGUGCCCGCCGGUGCUCAACAACCUGAUCAAGAGGUGCUGGUCGGCGAACCCGGCGCGGCGGCCCGAGUUCAGCUACAUCGUGUCGGUGCUGGAGAAGUACGACCACUGCGUCAAGGAGGGGGUGCCGGUGAUGGCGCACCAGGAGCUCAGGCUCUGGCGCUCCUUCGCCAAGAUCUUCAGGACGGGCUGCAUCGCCAACAACUUGUCCAUACCGGUGCACGCUUGAUUUAUCCGUCAGUCAUCAUCGCUGCUGCUCCUACUAUAACCGAAACCUGUCAACCUGAACUGCUGCUGAUGCUGCUGCCGAUUGUCUCUGCAUGCUUAAUCUGUCUUGUCUGAUCCAGAGACUAAGAACUAGUAGCAGCAUACAGUUAUACAAAUCUACCUGCUAUCUGUCACAAAUUGGCAUAAAAAGACGAACGUCCGGAACCAAAUGUAACUCGAUCGAUCGAUCCAAUGUGUAAAUUUAAUUUUUUUUUAUCUUUCUGCUC